AUGGCAUCUAAAUCUAACACCAUACUUGUCCUUGGUGCCACUGGCCCAGCUGGAAUAUGCCUCCUAAGAGAGCUCAUCUCAUCAAGUUACCAUGUCGUUGUCUACGCGCGGAAUCCCGCCAAAAUACCAAACGAUAUAGCUUCACAAGGGCUUCUCACUGUUACGAAGGGCGAAAUGAACGACCAUGAAUCCCUAGAGAAGACUAUGUCUCCCUGCUCUGCCGUGCUAUCCCUCCUUGGACCGAGCAUCGACCAUAAGGAUAUUGAUCCAUCCAUCUAUGCCGGCUACUACAGAGACGCCGUAUUCCCAGCAAUGCGGAAGCUUGGAAUUCGAAGAAUCAUUGCCAUGGGCACCAUUUCUAUCUCCCACCGGGACGACCACUUCACCAUUUUCCAGCCAAUGGUGCAUGUGUUCAUGCGCUUCUUCGCCAAAGCAAUAUACAGCAAUAUGCAAAAUGUGGCCGCUACAUUUCAAAAAGCAGGUCAGGGCCUGGACUGGACCGUAUUUCGCAUCGCUCGAAUUGUAGGUGAGUGUGACGAGUUGAGCUGGAGGAGCGAUGGAGACGCUUGCCAAGUGUAUGCUGGAAGGGUGGGAGGGAAAGGAUGGACCACCUCGAUUACACGAGCAGAGUUGGCGAGAUGGAUAGUGUGCAAUAUUGAGUCCAGCGAAUGGCCAAGGCGAGAGAGUAUUGCAACUGGAACUUGUGAUUGUCUCCGACCGAGAAACUGA